AUGAAGGCUCUCAUUAUUCUGGGAUUUCUCUUCCUUUCUGUUGCUGUCCAGGGCAAGGUCUUUGAGAGAUGUGAGCUUGCCAGAACUCUGAAGAAACUUGGACUGGACGGCUAUAAGGGAGUCAGCCUGGCGAACUGGUUGUGUUUGACCAAAUGGGAAAGCAGUUAUAACACAAAAGCUACAAACUACAAUCCUAGCAGUGAAAGCACUGAUUAUGGGAUAUUUCAGAUCAACAGCAAAUGGUGGUGUAAUGAUGGCAAAACCCCUAACGCAGUUGACGGCUGUCAUGUAUCCUGCAGCGAAUUAAUGGAAAAUGACAUCGCGAAAGCUGUAGCAUGUGCAAAGCAGAUUGUCAGUGAGCAAGGCAUAACAGCAUGGGUGGCAUGGAAAAGUCACUGUCGAGACCAUGACGUCAGCAGUUAUGUUGAGGGUUGCACGCUGUAAC